AUGUCGGACCGCUCCGCUCACUCCUCCCACUACAGAGGAGGCUCUGUCUCUCGCUCUGGAAACACUCACGCACCGGCCAAUUCGACUUCUCCAAGGCCCCAGAAACAAGAGUUUUAUGAAGAGUACCAUCCCGACGACCACUAUCCGGAUGAUCACUAUCCCGACGGGCGUCACCAUCAUCACGAACAGGAACAAUACGAACAGGAACAAUACGAACAGGAGCGAUACGAACAGGAACAAUAUGAACAGGAACAAUACGAACAACAUUAUCAACAGCAUGGUCAAUUUGAUGGUGCGAGAUCUCCAACACCCGAAACAAUUCACAGCCCGAUGUACAACCUCGAUCAAGCUAGCGCAGCACACCACCACGAACAGUACAAUGAUGAGCACCUCGAGUACCAUGAAAACCGUCAAUACCCGGAAGAGGAGGGUUAUAUUGAAGAUGAAGAGCAUCCCCAUGAGGAAGUGAACUCGCACUCGCACACCUACGCCGACACUCCAGAGCCAUCACGCCCGCCGCCAACACGAGGCAAGCUGUUCCGCCUAAAGGUGAUAAGCAUGGCAACUGUGUUGACUCUGCGAGUGCUGUGGGGUCUCCUCGCUCUCUUCGGUACCAUGGCCUGGCUGGCAGUAAUGCCAGCCUAUGCAUUCAGAAACAAGUACGAACCCAACGGCUUUUCUAAUCCGACGUACACUUUCUUCCUCGUCGCGACUGUGAGCACAUCGAUUGCAGCUAUUUGGCAAUCGUGCUGUCCAUAUCUCAUUCGAAUGAACCCGCUCUCUCUCUGGCCCAGGAUCAUCAACCACCCAAUUACCCAGACAAUAACCAUCGUCUUCUCCAUCAUCUUGACCAUUCUCAACUUUUUCAGUUGGAUCAUUCUCGCCUCCAACAAAGAUGGUGCUAAAACCAACUGUCAAGAGGGAUCCCUGUCCAACCGUAGUGGAUAUGCCCUCCAAUGCCGCGGCGUCAAUACCGCCCUCGUCAUGAACGCCAUCAUGUUCUUGCUUUGGGCCCCUAUCGCUCUGAUCAUUGUCUGCGGAAUGAUGGAGGAAGGAUUUUGGUGGUGGCGAAAGAACGAGGGAUGGGCACAGAAUCAAGGACCAAACAUGACUCGGGAAGAAUACGAUCUAAAGAUGGCUCGCGGGACGCAGAAUUACAACGAUCCUUCGAUGGACAAUUUCUCCCAUAUGCAGUAUGAGGAAAUCCAGAUGCCUAAGCUGGCUUACGUGACACCCAUUGCAUCCCAGUUCAAGUCAGGGGGACAGCAGCAAGGCGUUUACGGGGAUGAGGAGGGCUAUGAGCACUCGAGGCCUUCAACACCCCAGAGACAGCGUCAGCAGCAACCCCAGCGAUCUCUCCAGCAACAUGCACAGGAACAAGCACAAGCACAGGCACAGGCACAGGCACAGGCACAGGCACAAUCGCAGGAUGUACGGAGGUUGCGUAACAAGGCUUCAGGUUCCUCUCUGGCGCCUUCAUUUGCGGCUCGACUGUCAGGUUUCUUUGGAGCUGGUUGGAACAGCGGACCGAUGCCUCCGUCGUCAUCGACGGAUACAGAGCUUCAGUCACAGCCUCAACAGUAUCGAGCAGGACCAUCGCGACUCAAGGAGACACAUACACAGCCGGCUUCAGAGCCCGAGACGGAAACUCAACCUGACAAGACAUCCGUUCAUGGAGAUGAGUAUGUGACCCAGUGGCACAACCGUCGAGAUGAUGACUGGUCAUGA